AUGGCAUCUAAAUUCGAACAAACCCAUCCUCGCUGUCAAUAUCUACACUGCGUCUCCCUGCGUCUGCGAAAUCAGGCUUUGGUCUCAUUAGCAGAACAAAUCAGCUGUAUGAGACAGGAAGACUCUUCUUCGGGCCUUGAUCCAAUCCAAACGCGCUACGCGCUCGCCUCAACAUUGAUACUAUAUAACGUGGAACUAUUCGAAGCAGAGUCCGCUAAAUGGCGGAUGCAUCUUCAGGCAUCGCGAUUGAUUCUCCAAUGGAAGGAGCAGGCCUUUCCCCACCCUGUCCGGUCGGAUGAGAUUGACAAAUUUCUUCUCUAUGAGCAGUAUUAUUCGAGUGUGUUUGCAGGACUCACGACGUUCGAUACGCCGAGUGAUUCGGAGAAGGUUGUCCAGUACGCAGACAGUACUGCCAUGUUCGGUGAUUUCGUGAACAUCAUCAACAGAGUCACUCAUGACGAGCGGCUACAGUAUGAUCGCAAAUAUGAAAAAGACCCAACCCUCUUAGACUUUAUGACUAAAGAAUUGGAUCAAGCGCAAGAUCGAAUGGCCCACUUUGGUCAAGUACUUCCGUUUCAGACUGAAGAGGCCCGCAUCAGUUUCCAGCAUCUUGUCUGCAUCUUCCAUCAUGCUAGUCUGAUAUACAUCUACCAUGUGUUGACAGGCGAUCCUUCAAUAAUCCCCAAGUUGCAAGUUCUGAGGGACUCAAUUCUAGAUCAUCUAUCAUCUCUCCCUGACAAAUGCGCUUUUGCGUGUGACUUGGUGUGGCCUCUGUUUAUUGCGGGAACGGAAUGCCGAGGCGAGCAGGAGAAACAGGAGAUUAUAGCCCACGAACUCGAAGUCGUGAUGGCAAUCAGCGGUACUUUGGAUCGACGCAAAGUCUUAUCAUUUUUGCGGCUAUUUUGGUCUUUGCAAGAUAGGAGCGUCUCAUGGAUUCAACUCAUGAGACAACAGGGUCCUGAAUGCCGGAUGUUAAUUUUAUAA